AUGGAGAAAAUCACAGAAAAGAUCGCGGCUUUGCCUCCAGACACCAAUUACUUCUCCCUCGAAUUCUUUCCACCAAAGACCUCAAUGGGUUCUUCGAAUCUACGUGCUCGUCUUGACAGAAUGUCUCGAGCAUUGAGGCCUUUAUUUGUCACCGUUACAUGGGGUGCUGCGGAUCUUACUGCGAUCAAGUCUUUAGAACUCGCAGAGUUAUGUCAAAGGGAUUUGGGCCUCACAACGUGUCUACAUUUGACUUGCACAAACAUGAGUCGAGCAUUGGUGGAUCAAGCAUUGGAAGAUGCAAAGGCAUUGGGAAUUAGAAACAUAUUGGCUUUGAGGGGCGAUCCCCCUAGGAGUGAGGAAUACCGUGCCAUUGACGAGAAGAAUGGUGAUACGCCUGCUAUGGAUUGGGAGUUUGAGUGGGCAAUCGAUUUGGUACGAUAUAUUAGAAAACAAUACGGCGACUACUUUUGUGUUGGAGUGGCGGCAUACCCAGAAGGACAUGCGGAUGAAGGACAUCCAGAGGGUCAAAGCCUUGAACAUGACCUGCCAUACUUGGUGGAGAAGGUUCAAGCGGGCGCGGAUUUUAUCAUGACACAAUUAUUCUUCGAUGUCGACGCAUACGACGGAUUUGAACAAAAGCUACGAGAUCAUCCAAGUGGCGCAUUUAAGGAUAUUCCUAUUAUACCUGGUAUGAUGCCAAUUCAAAGUUAUCAAAUGAUCAAGCGAACUACGAAACUCAGCCACGCGAAACUACCCUCAACUAUUAUAACAAGAUUGGAUGCGGUUCGAGGGGAUGAUGAGAUGGUUAAAAAGGUCGGGGUGGAUAUUUUGAGCGAAAUGGUCGAACAUUUGAAGGGCACAAAAUCUCAGUACUCGGGGCCUAGAGGUUUCCAUUUCUACACUCUCAAUUUGGAGAAGGCGGUAUCUUUCAUCUUGGAACGAACAGAGCUUAUUCCAGACGCUGAAACCGUCGCCGCUCUGGAACCAGAAUUCGUUCCUACCAUUCCAGAUAUUGCAGAUUUAAUGUCUAUCCAUAGUGGUUCUCACAAACGUAGCUCCAGACGUCGAUCAUCUGUUGGAUCUGAUCCUUACAAUCGCAUUAUAAUUACUGCACCUCAAACCUCCAAUCCUAGCUUUGAAGCCACAGCACAAGAAGCUGGUAUUCCAGCUGAAGCUGUCAACUCGCGAGCCAAUACUCUUGCAAUCAGUGAAGGAGAAGACUCAAUUUUUGGAUGGGGACCCAAGAAUGGAUUCGUAUUCCAAAAAGCAUUCGUAGAACUCUUCCUUCCAACAGCUGAUUGGAAAACCCUACAUGCUAAACUCACAUCUCCUGAACUCCGGGACACAGUCUCUUUCUACGCCUCAAAUGCCAAAGGAGAUUUCAUAUCCAGUGAUGAAGCAGUCGGAAGCACAAAUGCAGUAACAUGGGGUGCAUUCCCUGGCAAAGAAAUCAUUACACCAACGAUUAUUGAGGAGGUUAGUUUUAGGGCAUGGGCGGAAGAAGCGUUUGGCAUUUGGGGAGAGUGGGCAAGAGUUUAUGGGAAGGAUAGUCAAACGAGGAAGAUUAUUGAUGGAAUCAAGGAGGAUGUUUGGUUGGUUAAUGUUAGUCAUCAUGCUUAUUGUGAGGGAGAGGGAUUGUGGGAUGUCCUUUUGAAUUAG